AUGUUAAUACUUUUCUUAGUUUAUGUUUAAGGAUAAUUUACAUCGAAAUUACACUUUCAUUAUCCUAAUACUGAUAAAUCCAUUGCAGUAUUUACAAUCACUAAUAAAAAUUAAAUUGAUUUCACUAAUACUACUAAACCAAUUUAAUUAUUUCAAAAAUCACUUUUAGAAAAUUUACACAUUGAUGUCAAACUCAAAGAAUAUAUAUCAGUUCCACUUAAGUUAUGA